AUGCCUAGACAUGGAAGAAGAGGUAAGCUGCCAAAGGGCGAGAAACUCCCUAAGAAAGAUGAAGCAGACAAUACUCCAUCGAAACUUUUAUUGUCGAUGUUGAAAACGUUGGAUUUGACCUUCGAACGUGAUAUUGGAAUGCUCAAUGGAAAAAAUAUUCGGUCCAUACCCAGUAAAAUAACACUGCUUGAAUUGCAAACUCAAUUGGAUAGUCUCAAUGAAAUAUUGGGCACAAUUGCCCAGAGUGAUCAAGAGACUAUAGAAGCUCUACGGAAAAUAAGAGACAGUAAAGAUGAGAAGAACAUAGACGAUAAAGAGCAGGAAAAAUCAAAUAUAGAUGAGCAAAGCGAAGAGGAAAGUGCUGAUAAUAUAAAUCAUGAAAGCGAAAAGAGUGAAGAAAGCCCAUUAAAGUCGCCUAUCCCAAACACAACUCCUGACGUAACUGACAAUGACAUAGAAAGCAUUAAACAAGCAGCAGAUACCAUGGCCAAAGAAGAAAUAGAGGAAGACAUAGAUUUACAAGUACCUAGAGACCAGCCUCGGAAAAAAAGACCGUUUAAUUCUGAGACGACUAAUGAGAGCACAGAAACGAGUAGUAUGAAUGAGCCAGAUAAUAAGAAGCAGAAAGUCGACGUCGACAAAAUGGAAAAUGACCCAUCUGUUAAAAAUCCAAAGUCAGAAUUUGUUGUAUCACAGACAUUACCUCGGGCGGCGGCGGCCCUAGGUCUAUUUAAUGAAGAAGGGUUAGAAAGUACAGGAGAAGAUUUUCUGAAGAAAAAAUACAAUGUGGCUAGCUAUCCCACAAAUGAUUUGAAGGAAUUAUUACCGGGCGAAUUGCCAGAUAUGGAUUUUUCACAUCCCAAACCCACUAAUCAAAUUCAAUUCAAUACGUUCUUAGCGUUCGUGGAAAAUUUCUUCAAGGACCUUAGUGAUGAUAACUUGAAGUUUUUGAAGACAAAAUUUAUUACACCUGAUAGCUUACAGUUUGACAAAACAUAUGAUCCUGAAAUAAAACCAUUUAUCAUACCGAAACUGGGUCCCCUGUAUACGGACGUUUGGUUCAAAGAUGAAAACGACAAAAAUCCAGCUUUCAAAAAAAUUUCAUCACAUUUGAACGAUGCAUCUGCCAUACUACCGAAAAAAAGUGCUAACGAAAUUGAUGAUAACCUUUUGGAGACGGAAAGUAUCUCUUGUGGGCCCUUGCUAUCUAGGUUAUUGAGUGCUAUACUAAAAGAUGACAAUGACAAACCAGAAUUGCAGUCGUCCAAAACAACUGGCGGUAAUGAAGUACCGAGAAUAAGAGAGGAAGAAGACGUGACAUCUCUCAGAAACAAUAAUAAUGACGGUACAGAUAUGUCAUUAUCUCAGGAGCAUGGACCCAGUGUCCGAACACCUGACAGUGACAUAGACGAGGACGGAUUUCAGACAAAAUCUAUGGGGAUUAGAGACGGUACUACAAGUACAUUACCACAACAGAUUGGAUGGAUAACAAAUGGAAUUAAUCUAGACUACCCGACAUUUGAAGAGCGCUUGAAAAGAGAACUGAAAUAUGUGGGGAUAUACAUGAACAUGCCCAAAGAUGAAAACAACCCUAAUUCGGCUGAUCCCGAUUGGAUCGCCGGUAGAGAAGACGAUGAGAUAAGUGCAGAGUUAAGGGAACUGCAGAACUCUUUGAAACAGGUGACCAAGAAAAAUCAAAAAAGAAAAGCACUGCUGAUCCCACUAGUAGAAAGACAGUUAGCUUGGCAAGAAUACUCAUCUAUUUUAGAGGACUUAGACAAGCAAAUCGACCAGGCUUACGUCAAGCGUAUCCGCGUACCUAAGAAAAGGAAGAAAAACCAUACAGCUGCUUCGAGUAAUGUGAAUACAGGAACCACAUCUCAAAUAGCACAACAAAAGGCUGCAAAUUCUAGUCUGAAAUCGCUGCUGGAUAAGAGGCAAAGGUGGAUUAACAAGAUUGGUCCAUUGUUCGACAAACCGGAAGUUAUGAAAAGGAUUCCUAACGAAAGUGUAUUCAAGGAUAUGGACCAGGAAGACGAAGAGGAUGAAGGCGAUCUGUUUGGACAGAACACCAACAAGGAUGUGGAACUAAACUGA